AUGCCUGUUUCAACUGAAGAGGAUAAUACUAUCGCUGAUAUAUUUUUUGAGGAGGAAGACCUUCCGUAUGAGGAGGAUAUUCUCCGCAACCCCUACAAUGUGAAAUGCUGGCUCAGGUACAUUGAGCACAAGAAAGAUGCCAGGAAGGAGGUACUCAACACAGUCUACGAGCGGGCUCUCAAACAGUUGCCAGGAAGCUAUAAGUUAUGGUACAGCUACCUGAAGCUGCUCCGAUCUCAAGUCAGAGGCAUGAUAGUCACUGACCCAGCAUAUGAAGAGAUCAACAGUGCAUUUGAGCGAUCUCUGGCCUUCAUGCAUAAGAUGCCUAGGAUUUGGUUGGACUAUCUUCACUUUUUAAUUGACCAGGGAAAAAUAACUCGUACCCGGCGUUGCUUCGAUCGGGCUUUGCGGUCUCUCCCCAUCACACAGCAUGGCCGUAUCUGGCCCUUGUAUCUGAAGUUUGUGCGCUCCCAUGACUUACCGGAAACAUCCGUCAGGGUCUACAGAAGGUUCUUGAAGCUCCAGAAAGAAGGCUCCGAGGAGUACAUCAGUUUCCUCAUUUCCAUUGGCUGGUUAGAUGAAGCUGCUCAGCGUUUGGCUGACGUUAUCAAUGAUGAGAGCUUUGUGUCAGUCGAAGGAAAAUCAAAACAUCAGCUGUGGAACCAGCUGUGUGAGUUGAUAGCCAAGAACCCAGACAAGGUUACCUCACUAAAAGUGGAGCCAAUUUUACGGCAGGGGCUGAAGAGGUACACAGACCAGAUUGGUGUGCUGUGGAAUUCAUUGGCCGACUAUUACAUCAGAGGUGGUCAUUUUGAGAGGGCCAGAGAUAUUUAUGAAGAAGCCAUUCAGACGGUGAUAACUGUCCGAGACUUCACGCAAGUCUUUGAUGCUUGUGCUCAGUUCGAGAAGAGUAUGAUUGCUGCCAAGAUGGAGACCAUGGAAGAAGAAGGAGCUAGUGAAGAAGAUGACCUUGAACUAGAACUGAGAUUAGCAAGACUGGAGAACCUCAUGGACAGGCGGCCGCUGCUAUUGAACAGUGUGCUGCUGCGACAAAACCCACACAAUGUUCAUGAAUGGCACAAGAGAGUGUCUUUAUUUGAGGGAAAACCCAGGGAGAUCAUCAAUACCUACACAGAAGCCGUGCAGACGGUGGACCCCAAGGUAGCCUCCGGGCGGCCUCACACACUGUGGGUGGAGUUUGCCAAGUUUUAUGAGAAGAACGAUCAGAUUGAAGACGCCAGAAUUGUGUUUGAGAAGGCAACCCAAGUCCCAUACAAGCACGUGGAUGACCUGGCCAGCGUGUGGUGUGAGUGGGCGGAGAUGGAGCUGAGACAUGAUAACAGCGACGAAGCUCUAAGAUUAAUGCAGAGAGCAACAACACCAUUGAAACGACAAGUGGCUUAUCAUGAUGAGACAGAAACCGUGCAGGCUCGUGUUCACAAGUCGCUCAAAGUUUGGUCGCUGUAUGCAGACUUAGAGGAGAGCUUUGGCACAUUCAAGUCAUGUAAAGCUGUGUACGACAAGAUCAUCGAUCUCCGCAUCGCCACGCCGCAGAUCAUCAUGAACUACGCCAUGUUUCUGGAGGAAAACAACUAUUAUGAGGAAGCUUUCAAGGCAUAUGAGAAGGGUAUUGCGUUGUUCAAGUGGCCAAAUGUAUACGACUUAUGGAACACCUACUUGACCAAGUUCAUCACCAGAUAC